UUCAGAGACGUGAAAUUCUUGCCUGAUUGUAUUGGAUCCGAGGUUGAGGCUGCUUGUGCUGAUCCAGCCCCAGGAUCCGUAAUCCUUCUGGAGAACUUGCGAUUUUACCCGGAGGAGGAGGGCAAAGGUGUCAAUGAAAAGGGUGAAAAGGUCAAAGCUGCCCCUGAUGCUGUUGAAAAAUUCCGAGCCUCACUGACCAAACUUGGUGACAUUUACGUCAAUGAUGCGUUUGGAACUGCCCAUAGAGCCCACAGCUCUAUGGUGGGUGUUAAACUUGAUACUCGUGCUUGUGGUUUUCUGAUGAAAAAUGAGCUUGUUUACUUCGGAAAGGCCCUUAGUGAUCCAGAAAGGCCUUUCCUAGCAAUUCUUGGAGGUGCUAAAGUUGCUGACAAAAUCCAGCUCAUCAAGAACAUGCUGGACAAGGUCAACGAAAUGAUCAUUGGAGGAGGAAUGGCAUUUACUUUCCUCAAGGUCGAUAAGAACGUCGAAAUUGGAAAUUCACUUUAUGAUGAAGAGGGAGCCAAGAUUGUCAAGGAACUGUUGAGCAAAGCACAGGAAAAGAAUGUGAAAAUCCACCUGCCUGUUGAUUUCGUAGUUGGUGACAAAUUCGCAGAAGAUGCCACUGACAAAACCACCACUCUUGAAGAAGGAGUGCCUGCUGGACACAUGGGCUUGGAUGUUGGACCAAAGUCACAACAACUAUUUGCUGAAGCUAUUGGCAGAGCUAAAACCAUUGUCUGGAACGGACCACCGGGAGUUUUCGAGUUCGAAAAAUUCUCUCACGGAACAAAAGCCAUGAUGGAUGCUGUUGUGAAAGCGACGGAAGGUGGAGCUACCACAAUCAUUGGUACGUGA